CUGCAGCAGCAACACUGCAAUAGACGCGCACAACGCAGUGACAGCAUAGCUGUGGCGGAGACGCCUCGGCUCCGCCUCCCAACCACACGAAUCACACCAACAUCCACCGAAAUGGCGUCGGCGUCGCGGCUGCUCCCGCCCGCGCCUCCUCCUUCCGCCCAGCUCCGCGGCCCGCGGGACCGCCUUGCCGUGCGGCGCCUCCGGUGCCGCGCCUCCGCCUCCGCCUCGGCCACUGAUGGCGCCGUGCUGCUGGAGCGUGGCGGUCCCGCGGCGGUGGCCGUGCGCGAGUUCGUCACGCUUGACGAGCUCCGCGCCGCCGUGCGCCUCCGCGUACGCACCUUCUACGAGUAUGCCGUCGACUCCGUCGGAACCGAGGAUCACAGAAAAGCUCUUGCAGAUAGGGAGUUUGAAGCAUUACAGGAUAGAAUUUCUGGGAAGAUGAUAAAUUUUCAAAGAGUUUCUUGCAUAAAUGGGACUGUUCCACUGUCCCCAUCAUUAAUGUCAGCUGAGGAACUUUGUUCUACAUGCAAGUUUGUGGAGGAUGGAGAAGAGAGAGUAGUAGUUGGUAGUUUAGACCUUAAUCAGUGUCUUUGGCUACCAGAUGAAUUGACUGGAAAGAAGCCUGGGGUAAAUGAAGACAUCCAGACAAGAGCGUACCUAAGCAAUGUCUGUGUUGCCAAGGAGGUUCAGAAAAAGGGCUUAGGCUAUACAUUGGUUGACAAGUCCAAGAAAUUAGCUCGUGAAUGGGGCAUAACAGACCUGUAUGUCCAUGUCGCUAUUGACAACAUAGCAGGGCAAAAGCUGUACGAGAAGAGUGGAUUUGUUUAUGAGGGCGAAGAACCUGCAUGGAAGGCUAGGUUUCUGGGGAGACCACGGAGAUUGCUUCUUUGGCUCGAUAUGAGCAAAGUGCCUUUGUGAUCGUGCAUCUACUGAGAAUACAACUCCGAAGAAAUGUGGCAAAGUUUUAAGAUUUACUUAUCAAGCGAAAGAACAAAACUGGAUUUGACAAUAAUUGAGGAAAUCCUCUCAACAAUGGAGAUUCAAGGAUUCCUAAGGGUGGGGAUCUCUCAAUUGUGCAAUCGGAUGAAGGUUGGCCGACGAUUGAGCAAGGGCUCAGGGUAGCGAAGGGUGCUCCACGGUGACUAACCAUGUCUCUAGGGCGCUUCAGCAAUUGAAUAGUGGAAUCGAUUGGAGGUAGACAACUGAUGAAGGUUCAGAUAGCAGAGGAUAUUAAACAUCAUCUGUUUGAGGUGCAGGAUACAGGCAAUCAAUUGGAGGAACUCGGAGUUGUUUGUAUUUCUUAUGAUCUAUUGAAUAAUUCCACAAGCACAUAGAAAAUAUCAAUGCAACGCUUCGUUUUAGAGUA